GAAUGGGCAAGCGCUACACACUCAACGCCGUGCGUAACUACCGUCGCGUCUUUACGACGUUUGCGCGAAGACGCGGGAGUGACGACACGGAUCCUGCGACGGGCGCGAGGGGGCGGGCCGUGCGUCAACGCAACGGUCAUAAAGAUCUGCUUGAGCCGGCUCUCUAGUGUCAGUCCUGUGGUGUCCAGCAUGGGCAGACUGGACGACGCCGCCAAGCGCAAGGUGGUGGAGCUGCGGGAAGCAGGCCUGAGCUUCCGGAAGAUCAAAGCCGUGCUGGAGCUGGAGAACAUCAAGGUGUCCGCGCAGGCCAUCUACCUUUUCCUGAAGGAGUUUCAGGGGAGAGCUCGAAAGGAGGACGGAGCAGCUGGGAACAGCGGUCACCCGGCGCCGGCGAGGGAGGCGGGCUGCUCCGAGACCCGGCCGGCCGGCUGGAGCGAUCAGCAGCUGAGGAACCUCCUCAGGGAAGCCUCUCGAGUCGCCGCCUCCCAGCAGGCCGCGGCGUCCUCCGACGGGAGGGGAGGGCCGUCGUCUGGGACGGGUUCGGCGGGCAUGAGAGAGGCUCAAGGCAGGGAGAAGGAUGAGGAUAUCCGGAUUGUCAGCGUCACCUCGUUGGCUCAGGGCGCGCAGCACGCUGGCGUCCAGGGGCCACGCUCCGGAGUGGGGGCCGGAGCGAUGAGUGCUGCUAAUUACACGAGACGACGGCACGCUCCUUCACCUGCCAAUCCUGUGCUAGUGGCUCGCAAACGACUGCUGGACAAGGCUUUGCUCCACAGAGCACGGGUCAGAGACAGCGUUCCUCAGAGCGGCCAGCAGAUGUCCCUGUCAAUGAGACGAGACCCAGCUUGUUUCCCCGGAUCUGAAGGCAGAAAGCUUGCUUUACCCCAGACAUCAUCUUAUGACCUGACCACAGCCAGACCUCCAAACAUAAGAUCAUUGCACCAAGGAGCCAAUCCUCACAGGAGGUGGAUGCACCAGCGCGCGUUGGCGUUCCCGUUCGCGCCCCACAGCACCCUCCGCGCGUCGGCAUCCGCCUGCCCGACCCCUCCUCCUCGGCUGGGACAACAUCCCAGAACCCGGCGCCCCCUGCCGGAGCGGCCUGGACCCCGGAGUCGCGGCGGCCUGCAGGAGCAGAUCCAGCUGCUGGGCUCCGAGCUGAGAAGUUUGGGACUGGCUCUGAGGAUGAUGGUGGACCACCAGGCCCGCUUGGAGAGAGAACAAGCCCAGCAGACUCAAGUCCAGAAACAGAUCCUCGGCACCCUGCAAGAUCUCGCUUCCAAAUUCGAGCCGCUGCGGUCCACGUCGGCGCCGGCGCUCCCGGCGUCUUGCUCCCUGGCCUCCUCGGCGCCCUUCGGCCAGACGGCGAGCGCUCAGGGCGCUUACGCUCAGUGCAGCCAAGCUCAGACGCGAUACAACGAAAUCCACGAUUCCGGUCUGGAGAGCAUCGAGGUGUUUUCUCUGGACCAGCUCAGCCCGCCCAGCAUGAACGGCUUCCAGCAGUGCCCGACCUCCGGCGGGCCCCCGUUCACCCACGCUCAAGCGCGCGCGCCGGCCUUCGCGCAAGCACACACUCAAACGUUUGCGCCCCAGUACACAGACUCCUUCCCGGGGAUGGAUAAGUCGUCCGUAGACAUGCCCUCGACUGGCGCGGACGGGUCCUUCCAGGCCUGCAGCCCUCCCAACCAGUCCUCCAGUCUUCCGGUUUCCCCUCACGAGCCCGAGCUGAACAUCAUUAAGGUGGAGAACGUCUGA